AUGUCUUACAGCCAGGGACACACCAAGUCUUACAGCCAGGGACACACCAAGUCUUACAGCCAGGGAUACAUGAAGUCUUACAGCCAGGGACACACCAAGUCUUACAGCCAGGGAUACAUGAAGUCUUACAGCCAGGGACACACCAAGUCUUACAGCCAGGGACACACCAAGUCUUACAGCCAGGGACACACCAAGUCUUACAGCCAGGGACACACCAAGUCUUACAGCCAGGGAUACAUGAAGUCUUACAGCCAGGGACACACCAAGUCUUACAGCCAGGGAUACAUGAAGUCUUACAGCCAGGGAUACAUGAAGUCUUACAGCCAGGGACACACCAAGUCUUACAGCCAGGGACACACCAAGUCUUACAGCCAGGGAUACAUGAAGUCUUACAGCCAGGGACACACCAAGUCUUACAGCCAGGGAUACAUGAAGUCUUACAGCCAGGGAUACAUGAAGUCUUACAGCCAGGGACACACCAAGUCUUACAGCCAGGGACACACCAAGUCUUACAGCCAGGGACACACCAAGUCUUACAGCCAGGGACACACCAAGUCUUACAGCCAGGGAUACAUGAAGUCUUACAGCCAGGGACACACCAAGUCUUACAGCCAGGGAUACAUGAAGUCUUACAGCCAGGGAUACAUGAAGUCUUACAGCCAGGGACACACCAAGUCUUACAGCCAGGGACACACCAAGUCUUACAGCCAGGGACACACCAAGUCUUACAGAAGGAUACUUGAGCAACUUAGUAUGCACCAUUUGCCUGUGAUCACGACCGGUCUAUCUGUUUCGUCUUCUUCUUCUUUAUUUAUCUGA